AUGAGAGGACAGGUGUACCUGAGGGAACCACUCAAGGCUAGAACUGGCCGAGAGCUUGGCCAGGCCUGGGGAGUCCCCGCAGAAGGAGUAGUCAACACAACAGCCCCUUCUAGAACCCGCUGCCCAGAACUUCUAGAACCCAGGCCUCGCCCAGCCUGGACCACCACCUGGUGUCCCUCCUCCGCCCUUUGUUUGAAGGCCGCUCCUUCCUGGACCGCAGCCCUGGAGGCUUUCUUCCCCCAGGCCCCCAAGGGCCGCAUUAGCGGCCUGCCCACGACCUCCGGCGGCAAGUGCUUCCAGCUCUGGGCCCUAGGACUCUUCUGCACCGAGCGCCACCUGGCCAAGCGCCUGAAGAACAACAGCUUCUACCCGUUCACACAACAGCAGCCCAAUGUCUUCGUGCUCGAGUACUACCUGGACACACUGUGGAAGGGGGCGCUGCUCUUCGUCGUCUGCCUCUUCCUCGUCAGCUUCGGCCUUGGGAGCCAGGUGCUGAAGCAGGAGACGUGGGGCUUCCCCGCGUGCGGCGUGGGCGUUGGCCUGUGGCUCAUGAUUUCGUCUUUGCCGCGGCGCCGCCUGGUGCUGAACCACACGCGUGGCACAUACCACUUCUCCAUCCAGGGCCGCACCGUGUGUCAGGGCCCUAUGCACCUGGUCUACGUGCGCCUGGCGCUUAGCUCUGACGCCUAUGGGAGCUGCUUCUUCCAGUUGGUUCUGUGCGGCCACAAGCUAGAGCCCCUGGUGCUGGUGCAGCUGUCGGAGCGCUAUGAGCAGACGGAAUACCUGGGCCGUCACAUUGCCCGGAAGCUCAACAUUAACUACUUUGACUACCUGGCCACGUCAUACCGGCACGUGGUCCGCCACUGGCCGCUGGGGGCCACCUUCAGCCCGGGCAUCGUGCAGCGCAAGACGGGCCCUUCCGGCAAGCGGAUCUCCCAGCAGGACCUGGACGUGUGACGCUCCAGGCAGCCCCCGCCCCGGGACUGCAUUCUCCCGUCCCCGCCAGUCUCUCACCUUCCCCCGACUGGUAGUCUCCCUCUCAAUAAAGCUGUCUCUUGCCACCAGGCGAGUGUCUCCUCUGCGGGGGGCGGGGGGGCGGGCCCCCGCUCCAGGGUCUCCCCCAAGUGCACAUCUCCCAGGGCCUCAGGCAGCAGAUCUUGGAGCUGGGUUGGAAGAUUGGGGGUGGGGAUAGGAGCAGAGCGAGUCAGGAGGGGCAGCCCUCCCGGCCUUUGAACUCAUCACUGGCAGGUGUGGGACUCGCAGCCUCUCCCCAUCGGCAGCACUUACUGGUCCUGUCCGGCCUUGGAAGUGCGGACCAAUGAGCGGCAUCCAGCAGGCAGAAUCUGGUCAGUCCAAGUCAGUUCCUGGUCCAGUCAGCCGUGGGAUGGGGCACAGCCACCAGUCCAGCCUUGUGCCUGGGGGCACAUCUUGGGCUAGACCGUCCCCAGAGUGGCAGCUGCCUUGCUCCUAGGGAGUAAGCUGCAGAGCCCUAGGCCACAGUUCAAGGCCUACUGGAACACCAGUCCCAUAUUCCCUUGUCCAGGGGGCGUCCCCGUGAUCUGGGUGCUGGGAGCCACUGUGGGAGCAGAGAGGGCAGCAGGCCACUGGGGACUCAGGAGGAGUGGCAACUGGACUGACCAUGUGGCUCUCCCAGUCAGCAUUUUCCCUCAGGGCCAUGCUGGUGACCCAGGUCUUUGGGCACUGUGUCAAUGAGUGUGUCUGGAGCCAGAAUCAGCUGCAUAAUUUGCAGGCCCCCAAGUAAAACAAAAAUGUAGUCUCCUGUUAAAAAGUUAUUAAGAACAUCCAGAAGGGGGCGCCUGGGUGGCUCAGUGGGUUAAGCAUCUGCCUUUCCC